AUGUCGACUGAAUAUUCUUCAAGGGACUCAAAACCUCGACCCCCUAAUAUGCAUAUGGGGAUUAAUAUCGAUUCAGUAUCAAGUCGAGAUUAUAUAUCUGAUAGUUCUAUGCCUCCAACCUCUCUUUGGGGAACGGCUUCAAACGUAACCACUUUGGAUCGCGGACAUAGUAGUCGUCACAACUUUCGGGCCCCGUCUUCACAUAAAUCCGGAGUCAGUUCAAAAGUCUCCCCAACCGAGACCGAUUUACUCCGAGAAGCCAUUCUCACUCUCUCUGGUGCCAGCGGUUCACUAAUUCAAUAUGAUCCCACUCUAGAUGCCUUUGUGCCUGCCCGCCAUCUUACUCUCCCACCCUGCCUUCAGACGCAUGUAAUGCGAAUUUCGGCCUGUGGAUGGCUUUAUAACCGCGUCCGAAGCUACGUCAACGAUGUUCGUGAUGAUCCAAACUCCGGUAAAGUCGCCCUCUCCCUGGCCCUUUCAAUCGAUGAUCAGCUAACAGAAUACCUCAAACUCGUUUCUACCUUUGAAGCCCAGAUGAACUACGAGAGUGGUGAGACCCUUAGAAAUCCCACAGAGUUUAGUGUCCAGAAUUCUUCGACUCGGAGCAGAGAGAAUACUCUCAGCAGACCCAGGGGGUUUGAUUCAGGAAGUAUGUCUAUCCUGGAAGAACACUCGGGGACGGAAGGAACAGAGAGACAACCGUUGACUCUAGUGCAACUCCGGCACUGGCUCAUAGAACCUGAACGCAGGCUGAAGGUGCUUGCUUCUCUGGUAGAUAACUGCAGGUCACUGAAAGGAGGAGCUCUUGUUUCAAAGGUUUAUGAGAUGUCUCAAAACGGUGGACCGAAGAUCAAGGCUAUGCUCACUGUCAUACUUGAGAAUGUGACACGAACUAUAUUUGAAAUGAUCUCCCUGUGGAUUUAUGACGGACGUCUCCCGCCUGACAUGAAUCAGGAAUUCUUCAUCGCUGUCUAUCCCUCUGUGGGACGGGAAAAUCUCUGGGCAUGA